CGCGGCUUGCCCGGAGCCGAAUCGGCCCCCGACGGCUCCGGACGAGGGAACGCCGGCGGGUGCGUCUACGGAUUCCGUGGGAAGCGUCGCGUUGGUGAUCGACCCGGCGGGUGCUCCCGACCGCGUCAGGUUGGCGGUGGGGGUGGUGAUGGGGGUGUCCCUCGGAACCAUCUUCAUGUAGGGGCGCUUCGGGCUCGUGGUGUCGUAGCCCAGGAGGAUCGUCUCGACGUAGCGCAGCACGUGGAGUCCGAACAGGUGAACGCUCGUGUUGGAGACGGACUGGAAGACGUUGCCGGAUCGCAUGAGUUCUGGCGUGAUGGUCACCUCGAUUUGCUCGUCCCCCCCGUCGAGGGUCAGGAUCGAAAAGAUCACCUUCGACGUGGUGUUCGAGGACCAGACGCUCUCGAAGACGUUGGACGGGAGGGAGAUGUACGGCGAGCCCGUAUCGAAGACGUACGGAAUCAUCUCGGUGGACAUUGCCCUGCCGUUCAGCUCGAUGUCGGUCACGUUGGUCUCGUAGAAGCCGUCGGACCCGCUCGACGCCAGCUUUUUUGGGCUGAGGUAGAGCGGCUCGGCGGUCGAGGGGAUGCCGUUCGACGCGUCCUUUCCCAGCACGAGUUUCCCGGAGUCCUUUCCGAGGGUGCCGUCCCAGCUGAUCGACAUCAGGUCCUCGUUCGAGUGGCCAACCGUCUGAACAAAGCUGGCGGCGGCGAUCGGCUCCGACUUUGGGCACACCGGGGUGUUUCCCGGAUCCCAGGUCUUGUCCCUGAUCGAAUCGGUGUAGGUGUAGGUAUUGGAGUUUCCGAUCCCAAAAAUCCCGCGGAUGGGGGACAGCUCGAGGCCGACGGAGCCCUCCAUCACCUCUCCGCAGGCAUUGCCCACCUCCCCAAAGGCUUUCUCCAUGACGGAAUAGAACAGCCCGUUCACGAAAUCGCCCCCGUCACCGAUCGAAACGUUUCCGGCAUAGGAAUCCCCGUACCACCCGUGGGAGCGGGCCCCGUACAUCAUGCACUGGGAAAUCGGUUUUCCACCGGCAUUCGAGUCGGCGAACCGCCGCGGGUUGAGUACCUGGGUGGGGUCGGGAUCUUCGCAGAACCCGAUGGCACUCGAGCCCUUGCGUUUUCGUUUUCGGUCGUUGUUUGUUCGUUGAUUCGUUAGUUUGGUUAGUUUGGUUAGUUGGGGUUAGGUUGCAAACGAUGGUCCAGAGACGAUAGCUCGUGAGUGCUCUUGAAACAAUGGAGGGGGGCAAACACACAGGUUCUGUGGCAGCGGCAUCGGUCGCUGGCCUCGUCUGUUGCAGGGAGCGGAUGCCUCGUGCGUUUGCCACACUCAUCCACUAAAACAAAACGUACCGAAUCCAUCAGGAGGAGUUCACCACCGAUCAGUGUAAAGACCCGGAGGACGCACAUUUUCAUUUCUUCGUACGGGUAGCACCAUUGUCCAAAGGAGAGAUCGACGGUCUCCGACAGCACGACCCCUACCGACGACAACAAAAACAGCAAGACCGCUGUUGUUGUUGCGGAGGCCAUCCGAGGAGAAGAAGAACUGCCGAGCUUUGGCAUGGCGAUGAUUGGUGUGGAUGACGAAGGAUUGGAGUGAAGUGAAACAGAGCGUUCUUUUCGUGCGUUAGGGUUGGGCAACGACGGCGGUGGUGGUGUGGUUCCUGCUGUACCGGAGAAAGUUAACAACGCAUCGCAUCGUUUGUUCGAUGCGGUACGUAACACAUGCUACCAUAUUUACUGUACCAAGUACCCACCUGCGAGAUUGGUGUCAAGCCGCAAGAAAUUUCUCAAAAACUAUUCUUCUUUUUCGUUUCGUGUUACAUUUGCGCCGUUAAGCGUUAUUUUCAUUUACAACCGUUAACCGGAGGUUAUGCAUUAAUUAGGAUUCUCGUUUUGUUCAAGUUGUGAAGAGUGAAUCUGGUCAUAGAUACUUCGGUACAACCUGCGGAAUGUUGAUUUGGUCUCCACCAGGUAGGUGCCAUAACGUAUGAUA